AUGGGGAAUCCAACAGCCAAACCUCCCAAGCGUGGGCGCAAGAAGCUUUUCUGCGCCAGAAAACCCAAGACUGAAGCCAAGGAUAGGAAAGCUCGCUCUUUGUCUCCCAAACCAACAUCUGUUGCUUCUGUGACUCCACGACCAUCUUCCAGUCGUCGUCCUCCUCGCCGUGCUUCCACUGGUCAGCUAGAGAACAACCAUGUGACUCCUCCUGCAGCCUGUCGAUCCAGCACUGGUGGUCUGGUUGGAGGCUUGACUGAGGAACAACGCCGGCGACACCAGGAAUUGGAUGAUGCGCUUCUAGCCAGCGACACGGAUGAUGACGAGCUUGAGGAUCCAGACCUUCGGCGUGCUGCACUUGACUCUGACACUGAUCAUGAUGAUGACUCUGACAACGAAGGAGAUCUUAGUAAUGAUGAGUGGAAACUGGAUGAGGAAGAUGAGAUAUUUCCGAUGGAGUCACUCUUGAACAUGUCUCGCUCUUUGCGAAUGGCUGUCGCCAACUUGUUCUGUUAUCUCUAUGACUAUCCUCCUGAGUCUGAGUGGAAAGGCAAAGGCAAGAUCCAGCCUGACAUUCAAAGGCGAUUGGAAUUGGCAUCGGAUGCAAAACUCCUCCAUAUCUUCCGUGACAUUGUCUACUGUCGCGAGAAUUGCAUUGAUUCCUCAAGUGGGAUAACAGAGGGAGGAGUCAAUAGUGCUGAUACUAAGGCAUUGGGGGGCAAAGUUAGAAACGCCUAUUGUGGGGCUGAGUGUGGCGCCAUGCUUUGUGAACAACUGAUACUCAGCAACAUUUCCUUGGCAAAUGGGAACAUGCAGUGAAGAAGCGAUGAAUAUCUCCGCUGAUGGACGGAAGGUUCCCUGCAUGUCCCCCGGUUUCACAGAGCUUAAUAUGGACCAAGUGGUCCUUGUUGUGAAGUUUUGCUUGUCUCUGUAAAUGUAGUGGUUCUUCCAGCAUUGCAACAGGAUCAUCCCGAGAGUGUACCGCCAGAAGAGGCACCUGCAAGUCCUUGAGACGCCACAUUGGGAUGAGCUUGCUUGGAUCAUCC